UCUCAACUCAUUCACUCAACAACAUCCUCAUCUCUACCUUUCAACACCUUCUUUCGAGACAAACACUUUUCCAACCCUCAACAUGAAGUUCCUCGUUGUCACCUUCCUUGCUCUUGCCACUGGCGCCUUUGCCCUUCCCGGCGGUGGUCCUCCUCCUCCUCCUCCUCCUCCUGCCAAGCCCACCAAGCCUGCCAAGCCCCCAACCAACAAACAGCAGAUUUCCUGCGGUAACGGCCAGUCUCUCUACUGCUGCACCAACGAAGGUGGCAACGACGUCACUUGCGCUUCCUUCUCCAACGGGGGCAUUGGCGGCGUCUGCAACGGUAUGCAGGUCUGCUGCAACAACAACCAGGGAACCCAGGGCUGCAACGUCGGCAACGGCGGUGGCUCCAUCACCUUCACCCAGAACUUCCCCGGUGGUAGCUGGCGCUUCUAAGUCGCUUACACCAAGCGCAACUGUCGAUCACAUCAACCUUUUUACUGGGAUCAACAUCAUGGAUCGACACUUACUCACAAAAACUUUACGCUCCUUACGACACUACACGAUCAUUUUAUGAUACUUUACUAGGAUUUAUGCUUUUUACGAGGGAUGAGAUAGGUACGAGCUUGGGAAGGAGAUUCGCUUCUAUUAGGUUUUGGAUUGGGAAUUGGCUGUGGCCAGGCUGCUUCUCAGUCUCCAACUACCACAGUCACAUAUGACAAGUUUGGAUUCAGUCUCCUGGGUUGUUGGGUAGUACAUAAACUCUGCAAAAUAUAACCGGUUAUGC